AACCCUACCACCGUCCCUCGCCGCCAGUGAGCUGAGAGCCCGCCCGCAGCACCUCCGCCCGCCGCCCACGCUCGCUGCACCUCGACUGCACCGCCGCCGCCGCACCGCACACCGCCGCCCAUCGCCGCCAUGGAGAUGUCGUCGCCGCUGGCCGCCAUGUGCCCGCCCGCCGCCAUUCCCGGCCCGUGGGGCUAUCGCCGCGACCUGCCACAAUCAAAGCCAUUGUUUGCCGCCCACCCGCUGGGCCAGAAGAGCUUCAACUUCCGCGACAUGAGCAUGAGGAAGGGAGGCAUGGACAACUCGUACUUCGCCAUCCAGCCAAUGAGGGGAUCGUCGCCGACGGCAAGCCUGGCCGCUGACAUGUCGUCGAAUCUGCAUGUCGACCAGAGCCCCCAGCUCGCCACCCCCCGUCGUUCCCUCUUUACGUCGGCUUUGUUCCAGCAGGUCGAUGCUCACACAGCCGAAGGCGUAACAACCCCUCCAGUCAGAUGGGAAGGCGUGACCACGCCGCCAAUCCCCGACUCCUCGCCCUGCUUCGUGCCCGACUCCAUGGACAUCUCGCCGCUGCCGCACAAGGCGCCCUACAACAGCUACAUCACACUGCCGUCGCCCUCUCCAGAGGUGAUGCCCAGCAACAACGACGACGACGACGACGACAUGCUCUCUCCCUGCGAGCAGCCUGCUAAUGAGCUAGACAUUCCUCGCCCAAGCUCUGCUGCUGAUCGUAAGAAGUCCAUCCUUCUCCGACCAUCUCUCUCACGCACGAAGAACUUCUCGACCAACACUGUUUCCUUCAAGCAGCAGGAACAGCAGCCUUUCAGGUUUGGCGCUGGCUGUGACCGUGACGGCUUUGAGAACAUUGGCAACACAUCAUCACCCAGUCUUGACGAGUGCUUUGCCCCUUCACCCCCCCGAGAACGUCGCCCCAUCUCCAAUGGAUCACUCUUCGCGUCAUCUAAGAUUAAGCCAUUUCCCUUCGGCUCAAACAUACAGUCCCGCAACAAUGGCUCACCCCUUGCUGCCAUUAGGAAACAAAGUGCCGCUCACAGCCGUCCUCGCCCUAGUAAGAUGAGGAGAUCACUGAGCAUGUUUGAGCAUCCUGGCGACGUGAUGAACGCGAAGAACGAUAGUGACGAGUCUGAUUCACCCAGUGGUCUGUCGUCUGUGAUGGAUACAGAGGACUGCCCUUCGCUCAAGCUGCCUCAUUUCACACCCACUGAGCCCGAGAGCCUUCCUCGUAUCACCCAUGAAACACUCAUCCAAGUGCUUGACGGUACCUACGAGCACAUGUAUGACGAGACAGCCAUCAUUGAUUGCCGCUUCGAGUACGAGUACAACGGAGGACACAUUGAAGGCGCAUUGAACUUCUGUGACAAAGAGCAAUUGGCUGAGCGUCUCUUCUCCGCGCCAGCCAACACUAACACGCUUCUCAUCCUGCACUGUGAAUACUCCGCGCACCGCGCGCCUCUCAUGGCCAAGUUCGUGCGCUCUCAAGACCGCAAGGAGAAUGCGCACCGCUACCCUGCACUGCACUAUCCCGAGGUCUACAUCCUUGACGGUGGCUAUAGUUCUUUCUACCACUCUAACUCGACUCGUUGCUUCCCACAGAACUAUCUUCGUAUGGAUGCUAAGGAGCACGAGCAAUCCUGCGAACGUGGCCUUAACAAGCUCCGACAACGCUCGAAGCUGAACCGUGCCCAUACGUUCGCGAUUGGCCAACACUCUUGCCAGAUGGAAGACAGCCCCACGUCUCUCAGUCGGUCCAAGAGUGGCGGCAACAUCUUCAUGCUCGGCGACGACUCACCCGUUGGGCGAAUAGGUGCUUCGCGUCGCAUGGCCUCCUACUGAGCGCACGCGAAGCCGACGAUUUGUAUACGACAUGCUCUAAUUCACGGCGAACUGGAUCCACGGCGUUCCCAUUACUUGCUGCUUCGGUAUUCCACAGCAUCGGCGUUUUGAUCAUUUACUCAUUUCCAUCUCGAGGCGUUCUAGCGAUUUGCCAUUUGGCUCUUUCUCUGCAUCAAUUUGGACUUCCAGACA